AUGACCAUGAGCUCGUUUUUGAUAAACUCCAACUACAUCGAACCCAAGUUCCCUCCCUUCGAGGAGUACGCGCAGCACAGCGGCCCGGGCGGCGGAGACGGCGGCCCCGGCGGGGGCCCCGGCUACCAGCCGCCCCCAGCGCCCGCCGCCCAGCACCUGCCGCCGCCCCAGCUCCCCCACGCGGGGGGCAGCCGCGAGCCCCCCGCCUCCUACUACCCGCCGCGGGCCGCGCUCUACCCCGCGCCCCGGGCCGCCGAGGCCGCCUACCCCUACGCCUACCGCGGCGGCUCCAGCCCCGGGCGGCCGCCGCAGCCCGAGCAGCCCCCGGCGCACGCCAAGGGCCCCGCGCACGGCCUGCACGCGAGCCAGGUCCUGCCGCCGCCGCGCCCGGCGCCCCCCGCGCCCCCGCGGCGCUGCGAGGCGGCCCCCGCCACCCCGGGCGUCCCGGCAGGGGGCAGCGCCCCCGCGUGCCCGCUGCUCCUGGCCGACAAGAGCGCGGCGGGCCCGAAGGGCAAGGAGCCCGUGGUGUAUCCCUGGAUGAAGAAGAUCCAUGUCAGCGCCGUCAACCCCAGUUAUAACGGAGGGGAGCCCAAGCGCUCUCGCACCGCCUACACGCGGCAGCAGGUAUUGGAGCUGGAGAAGGAGUUUCACUUCAACCGCUACCUCACGCGGCGCCGCCGCAUCGAGAUCGCCCACGCGCUCUGCCUGUCCGAGCGCCAGGUCAAGAUCUGGUUCCAGAACCGCCGCAUGAAGUGGAAGAAAGAUCACAAACUGCCCAACACUAAGAUGCGCAGCUCCAACUCGUCCUCAGCCCCUGCCGGCCCACCGGGCAAAGCACAAACUCAGAGCCCCCACCCACACCCGGGCCCCCCCACACCCAUUCCCUCCUCCAUCUAAUUGUGUAGAGGUCUAGCCCAGUUUCUUAUCCCGCCCCGCCUCCCCCAUGACUUUUCUCCUCUCUUCUCUUGCCCCUUUCCCCUUCUUCACCCACCCUAGUGGCUCCCUCAACAAAACCCAACUUGGUGCAAAGGCUUAUUAAAAAGAAGACAUGAUCAUGAUCGUGGUAAGACUGUGUUUGGGUUGCCACCCACAAGUGGACCUGAGCCAGGAUGCCUCCUGGUGGAGCAUCCUGCUGUCCUGUAUAAGACAUCCAGGUUGGGGUACCUGAGAAGGACCUCCUGGCCUCAAACUCUUUUUGAGAGGGGCCAGUCCAUCAGAUAGCCUAUGCAGCUGGGGACAUGUACAUGUCAUAAAAGCAAGCAGAAGAAAACUGACCCUACCCUCAUUCCUUACCCUCUUCCCUAUAAGGCAGCUCAUACAAGUUUGUAUCGAACCGAAUAAAUGAGUAGACAUUGUGAACCUCACAAGAUUAUUUAAUUCUCAAAAUGUAUAGACCUUGAAUAGUAGAUGUUCCACAUUCAUUUCCUUCCCUUACAUUUAUUUAAAAUGUUGUAGAGCUACUGUUGUCUA